AACUUUAGUUUUGAAUACUUGGCAUGGAUACCAAGCCUUACAAAAGCUACUGACCAUGCUGACCACUGUCUGGAACUGGACUGACUCACAGAAAAACAGAAAAUGGCCCUCUCUUAUAAAAUGUCCAAACAAAGCACAAUUCCUGAGCAUGGUCUGCAGAAUACAUUUGAUCGCCUGAUAAACUUUUCUAAUUGGUCUGGAUUACAGUCAGAAUCAGUACCGGAGGAAAUGAAACAGAUCAUUGAGGAACAGGGAAAGAAACUGCACUGGGCAGCUCUGCUGAUUCUGGUGGUGAUAAUACCCACAAUUGGUGGGAACAUCCUUGUUAUUCUGGCUGUUUCACUGGAGAAAAGGCUACAGUAUGCUACAAACUACUUUCUAAUGUCCUUGGCGGUGGCUGAUUUACUGAUUGGAUUGUUUGUGAUGCCGAUUGCCCUCUUGACAAUUAUGUUUGAGGCUAUGUGGCCACUCCCACUUGUUCUAUGUCCUGCCUGGUUAUUCCUUGAUGUUCUCUUUUCAACUGCAUCCAUCAUGCAUCUCUGUGCUAUUUCUGUGGAUCGUUACAUAGCCAUCAAAAAGCCAAUUCAGGCUAAUCAAUACAACUCCCGGGCUACUGCAUUCAUCAAGAUUACAGUGGUGUGGCUAAUUUCAAUAGGCAUUGCCAUUCCUGUCCCUAUUAAAGGGAUAGAGUCUGAUGUGCUUAACCCAAGCAACAUCACCUGUGCACUGAAAAAAGAACGUUUUGGCAGCUUCAUGCUCUUCGGCUCACUGGCUGCUUUCUUUACACCUCUUGCAAUCAUGAUCGUUACCUACUUCCUCACCAUCCAUGCUUUACGAAAGAAAGCUUACUUGGUCAAAAACAAGCCACCUCAACGCUUAACAUGGCUGACUGUGUCCACAGUUUUCCAAAGUGAAGAAUCAUCUUUCUCAUCACCUGAAAAGGUGGCAAUGCUGGACAGUUCUCACAAUGACAAAACUCCACCUAACUCAAGUAAUGGAACACUUAUUCGGAGAAUGUCUUUGGUUGGGAAAAAAUCAACACAAACAAUUUCUAAUGAACAGAGAGCCUCAAAGGUCCUUGGAAUUGUGUUUUUCCUCUUUCUGCUGAUGUGGUGUCCCUUUUUUAUUACAAACAUAACUUUAGCUUUGUGUGAUUCCUGCAACCAGACUACUCUCAAAAUGCUCCUGGAGAUCUUUGUGUGGAUAGGCUACAUUUCCUCGGGGGUGAAUCCUUUGGUCUACACCCUCUUCAACAAGACAUUUCGAGAAGCAUUUGGCAGAUACAUCACCUGCAAUUACCGGGCCACAAAGUCAGUAAAAGCUCUCAGAAAAUGUUCCAGUAAGAUUUUCUUUGGGAAUACAAUGACAGAAAAUUCUAAAUUUUUCACAAAGUGUGGAAUUCGAAAUGGGAUUACUCCUGUCAUGUACCAGAGCCCAGUGAGGCUCCGGAGUUCAACCAUUCAGUCUUCAUCACUCAUUCUACUAGACACACUUCUCCUCACGGAAAACGAAGGUGACAAAACUGAAGAGCAAGUCAGCUAUGUAUAGCAGAGCCAGCACAGUUUUCACUUAACAUAAAAAGUAAGUAGUGCGCUAGAAAUUAACACGUA